AAAUACAGAUUCGAACAGACCAACAAGAACUAAGCCAGGGGUGAUCAAAAUGAAGGUCGAUAUUACCUCUCGACAGACCAUUAAGCCAUCCUUUCCAACACCUAAUCACCAUAGAAACUUCAGGCUCUCCCUUUUGGAUCAGCUUUCUCCAACCUUUUAUGGCCUUAUAGUCUUCUUUUAUGCUGCUAGCCCUAGCACUCACCUCCAAAAUGGGGACUGCAGGUACAAAAGCAGUGAGAGAUCUUGUAUCCUCAAGAGUUCACUCUCGAAGGCACUUACUCAUUUCUAUCCAAUGGCAGGACGGCUCAAAGAUGCAGCCUCCAUCGAUUGCAACGAUGAAGGUGCUUAUUUUGUCGAAGGUCGUAUUGACUGCAAACUUUCAGACUUUCUCAAACAACCUGACAUGGAAGCAUUGAAUGGUUUUCUUCCUACCACUGAUCCUGAGACAUCAGAAGCAGCUUCAGGUUGCAUUCUGCUUGUUCAGCUGACAACAUUUGAUUGUGGAGGGACAGCUCUCAGCAUCUGUCUAUUGCACAAGAUCACUGAUGUUUCCUCACUGGUUACAUUCCUCCAAAGCUGGACAGCAAUCUCUCGUGACUCUGGCGAAGCAGUACUGUCUCCUGAAUUCGUUGGAGCAUCUUUGCUUCCACCAAGAGACCUAUCUUUCUUGCCCCCAGUAAAUAUCCCCUCCGGUAAUUUUAUAACAAAGAGGUUCGUGUUUGAAGGAUCAAAAAUUGCUAGACUCAAGGUCAAAGCUGCUGGCCUAUUUGUCCCAUCUCGUGUGGAAGUGGUCUUAGCACUCAUCGUAAAGUGUUCUGUUGUAGCUUCUCGGGCCAAAUCAGGGUCAGCAAGGCCAGUCGUUUUGUUCCAAGCAGUGAACCUGCGCAAGAGAAUGGUCCCGCCGCUGCCUGAAAACUCCAUAGGAAAUCUCAUUUGGCCAAUGCCAGUGUUUAUUGGAGACGAUGAGAUGGAGUUAAACAAGUUGGUGAGUGUGAUGAGAAGAGGGAUGACAGAAUUUUGCAAAGAAAAGGCAAAUAAAUUCAAAGGUGAUGAGGGAUUUUUAUUAAUUACUGAGUCUCUCAAGGAGAGGAGAGAACUCUGCAAGGAUGCAGCACUAUACAGGUGCACAAGUUGGUGUAGAUUCCCAUUAUAUGAAAUGGAUUAUGGAUGGGGGAGGCCUGUAUGGGUGAGUAGUGUAAGCCUAUCAUUGAGAAACACUGUUGUUUUGGUAGACACCAAACAAGGGGAUGGAAUUGAAGCUUGGGUGACUCUGGACGAACAAGAAAUGUCUAUAUUUGAACGUGAUAAGGAGCUCAUUGGAUCGGCUCUCGUGAACCCUAGCAUCUUCAUCUAGUUUCAUCAUCAAAAGCCAAGUGAUUGUCCUUUUCUGAGCAUUGAAUUGUGGUCCAUAUUUGAAAGUGAGAACUGCUGUACUUUCUUUGCUAUGGUAAACCUGCUUAUCUUAUGGUUGGUACGACAGCAACAUAACUUUGUUUAGCGUGAUGUAAACUCUAGGUAUAUAUUUCUAUGGUCGGGAGAUCAACUACUUGUAUUAUUAUUGCUAUUUCUAGAUAGAUAUAGCAUUCAUAUAUUCAUGACUGUUUAUUUUAUGAAUAA